GCACAACUGGAAGACCAGCUGGACACACUACAGUCUGAGAUAACCCAUCUGAAUGCAUCUGUCCACACUGUGAAUGAGCAGAAGAGGCAGCUGGAGGAGGAGCUGCAUCACAACAUCCACAUGGUAUCCACAACUCAAGAGCUUCUGAAGUCAGUUCAGGAGGAGCUUUGUGAACAGAAGCAGAUAAACUCUGAUCUGAAAGCUCUGAGACACAACGAGGAGACCUUAAAUCAACAGGUCCAGACGCUGACAGAGAAACUGCAGAGCACUGAAGCUGAGAGGGACCAUCUUCUGUCUGAGAAGCAAACUGACAGUCAGAGCUCCAGCCAGGAGAUGGAGAAGCUGCUGUGCACAGUGACAGCUCUGAAGGAGGAGAGAGAUCAGCUGCAGGACAUUCUGGAGGAGCUGAGACAGGACAAACAGCAGCUCAGAGCACAACUGGAAGACCAGCUGGACACACUACAGUCUGAGGCUGCACAGACUCAGAGUCUUCUACAUGCUGCUCAGGAGGAACUCCACCAGCAAAAUCAGAAGAGUUCAGAUCUGAUGAAGAGCAUGAGUGAGGAGCUGCAGAGUGUGAGAGCAGACAGAGACAGACUGUUGAAUGAGAGGACAGAGGACAGUCACAGGUCCAGCCAGGACAUGGACCAGCUGCUGUGCACAGUGACCACUCUGACUGAAGAAAGAGAUCAGCUGCAGGACAUUCUGGAGGAGCUGAGACAGGACAAACAGCAGCUCAGAGCACAACUGGAAGACCAGCUGGACACACUACAGUCUGAGAUAACCCAUCUGAAUGCUUCUGUCCACACUGUGAAUGAGCAGAAGAGGCAGCUGGAGGAGGAGCUGCAUCACAACAUCCACAUGGUAUCCACAACUCAAGAGCUUCUGAAGUCAGUUCAGGAGGAGCUUUGUGAACAGAAGCAGAUAAACUCUGAUCUGAAAGCUCUGAGACACAACGAGGAGACCUUAAAUCAACAGAUCCAGACGCUGACAGAGAAACUGCAGAGCACUGAAGCUGAGAGGGACCAUCUUCUGUCUGAGAAGCAAACUGACAGUCAGAGCUCCAGCCAGGAGAUGGAGAAGCUGCUGUGCACAGUGACAGCUCUGAAGGAGGAGAGAGAUCAGCUGCAGGACAUUCUGGAGGAGCUGAGACAGGACAAACAGCAGCUCAGAGCACAACUGGAAGACCAGCUGGACACACUACAGUCUGAGGUUCAGGAGUUGAAGGAGCAGCUUCAAACGUUUCAUGAGAAACAAGCUGAAGCAGAGGCCUCUCAGCAGCUGCUCAGUGAAGCCAACAGAACCAUCUCAGAGCUCAGGGAGCAGCUGAGGAGUUCAGAUCAGAAGGAGCUUCUAUCGGCACUGCUGCAGAAUUCCACUGUGGAGCUUCAGACGGCCUUUAGGAACUUCCAGGGCUUCGCAGACACGUGUUCAAGCGUCUCCAGCAUGGCCCGGGACCAGUGCUUAGGAGUCAAGUGUUCUCUGAACCCUCUACCUGAAUCUAAAUCUACCAUGGCUGUGUACAGCGCAGUGUGUCGGCUGAGACUGCAGAGUCUGGACACUCUGGGACACAUCGCAGAGCACCUUCAGGCACACACUCACUGCUACAAGAACCUGUUUGACGCCCUGAUCAACAACGAUCUCGCAGUUUUUGAGGAGCGGCGUCUGCAGGAUGUGCUUCUGUGUAAAACACAGGCCCCCAGUUACUCCAUUAAAGACGAGGACUUCCACUCACUGUGGAAACCCAGAGUCACAGAGCUGUUGGACAGGAGGCAGCUGUACCUGCAGAAAAUGGGCGGCACUUUGGAGAAGCUGCGGACCAACCUGGUGUCUUUUCGCAGUGAAGUGACCACGGAGCUCAGAGAGAUGGAGUGGUUUAAGGAGCAGCUGAAGACCCAGACUUACAGUAACCUGGAAGGGAUCCUGAACUGUGAGCUGGAGCGCAGGUCUGCUCUGAUCCAGAACAGGACCAGGACUCUGCAGGACAUGACAGAGGAACACACCGUCCUGAUGCGGGAGCUGAAGCUGCUGGAGGUUCAGAGCCACUCUGAGCUCCGACAGGAGAAGAGGAAGAGGUCCACACUGCUGCAGGCCCUGGAGGGGGCGCCGCUCCAAACACAGGUGGACCUGCUCAAAGACAACCAGCAGCUGCUUCUGCAGCUGCAACAGGCUGAGGACCAGGUCAAAUCUGUGCGAGUGGAAAACGAGGAGCUGAAGGAGGCCCGGGUCAGAGCCAGCGAGCGCAUGUCCAACCACAAACAGGCCACUCAGCUGCUGCAGACGGAGCUGCAGGACAGCCGAGCACGGGUCCAAGACCAGGAGAACACCAUCCAGACCCUGAAGAACAAACUGCAGGAGGCACAGAAAAAUGCAUCGCCCAGUGCCGUUGAGCUGGAAAAACUGAAGACAAAAGUGUUCAAAAUGGAAAUGGAGCUGAGUUUGUCAUCUGAUAAACACCAGCAGGAGAUUCAGAAGUUGACAGCAUCACUGAAGGAGAAGGAAGAGUCACUGAGGCGGCUCAAACUGAACCUGAGAUCCCAGCAGCAAGAAGACGAGUCCUUCCUGCAGGGGAAGGACCUCCAUGCCAGACUGACCAAACCCAAGGGGGUGGUGGUCCAGAGCAGCAUCGCUCUGGAGAAGGGCAAACUGGAGGAGGAGGUGGCCCAGCUUCAGCUGAGGAUCACUGAGCUGCAGAGCCUGGUGUCCAGUCAACAAACAGAGAUCAACAAGUGGAAGAGCAGAGCGUUCAGGAUGAAGGGCCAGUCUGAGACCACCAAGGCCCAGUCCCCCUCCAAACACACCCAUGCACUGCUGACAGACCCUCAGCUGAUGGCUUCACCCAAGAGGCUCCGCCGGAACCCCAAUCAGAUCCUGGACUCUCCACGAAAGGGGGCGGAGUCUCCACGAAAGGGGGCGGAGUCUCCAAAGGUCUCUAUGCUCGACUUCCCCAAAAGCCGGUUCUUUGGCGCCGAUGCGAGCUCAGAGCUACUGUCCACGAACUGUCCCAAGCAGUUCUUCGAUAACUCCGCCCUCGGAACCAUUCCAGGAGCAUCUGUGGACACAGACCAGAAGGGGGCGUGGUCUGAGUGGCCGACAUCACCUAAACCUGAGGACAUUUGCAAAACCCAGUAGAACCCACACAUGCAACAUCUGUGAAGUGUUUCACUGUUUGUUU